AUGUACUUUCAUCAAACCGGCGGAGCAGCAAUUGGGUCCCCAAUAUCCCCCCUAGUGGCAGAGCUAUUUUUGCAAAUGCUGGAAAUGCAGACUAUUCAUCAUAAUCUCAAUAUUAACUUCUGGAGAAGAUUUGUGGACGACGCCUUCAUCAUCGCAAAGGGGAGAAAACUUAAAAGCAUACAUGAUCAACUGAAUAAUUUCAAUCCUGCCAUUGAAUUUACUCUGGAAGUAGAGAAAGAAGGGAAAUUACCUUUUUUGGACACAAUGCUGUAUGACAAAAACGAUGGACAAAUUGGACACUACGUUUAUCGAAAGCCCACCCAUAACAACAAAUAUUUGGAUUUCAAAUCUUUCCAUCCUAAUGCUCAUAAAAUAAGCGUAUGUGACACAUUGUUAAGAAGAGCUCUAAUUCUAUGCGAUGAUGACCACAUAAACGAAGAGAUUGACUUCGUAACCAACACAUUGAAGUCUAAUGGAUACCCUGAAGAAAUGAUAAAAAGGAGACUGAACAUCGUCAAAGAAAAAAUUGUACACCCUCAGCCAACCGAUGAGAUACAAAAACGCGUAAUUCUACCAUGGGCAGGAAAGCCAACUACCAAAAUUGCUCAGUUCUUGCGCAGGAAACUAUCAUGGGAAAUUGGAUAUUAUCCUGGACAAAAAGUAUCAACAUUGGUAUGCAAUAUGAAACAAAAAUCAAAACCACUGAAUGCAGGCAUUUAUGAAUUUAAUUGCGCGAACUGUCCCAAAAAAUAUAUUGGAGAAAGUGGAAGAUGCAUAGAUAAACGCUUUUCAGAACACCAAAACGAUGUAAGAAGAUCAAACAUUAAGCACCCAUUUUCCUCCACACAGCUGAAGAACAACAUCAGAUUGACACAACAUCUCUGA